AUGAAAAACAACAUCGAUUAUAUUGAGGUGGCACGAAAACGUCCUAAACACGGUGUCACUAUUUGGAUGAAAUUAUCCUUGUGCGUCGCACAUCAUCCUUCAUCCAAGAUGAAAGAUAAUAUCCUCGUGUUUAUGGAUGAUGGCGGUCGCGGGACUAGCGAAGUAAUAAGAUACGCCAAAGCAUGUAGCGGAAUAACAAAAGUGAUAAGAUACGCCAAAGCAUUACAUCAAAAAGUCUACAAUAGUUUUGGUAGUGUGCAAGAUACUUUUACUCCACUUGCUCAUCUUCAUUCCUCCAAGAUACCAGAACCAAUUCCACAAAUUGACCCAAAACCUGUCCCAUCUUCUUUGCCAAUCCUGUCACCACAACGUACCAGGUUAACAAUCAAUAAGCGCCCAGAUAAAAGUGUUAAAGAAUGGGCUAUUCGUCUUGCCGAUAGAUCAGACAAG